AGAAAUGCUGAGUGUGCAGUUCUGGAUGUUUUGAGACCCAAGUCUGACGGAGGGAAUUUACAGCCUUCAUGUUCCUCAACCCUUCAGGUUGAAGGAGGGAUGGAGCAGAGAGUUGAAGACUCAUCUUGUUCUGUCAGACACUCCAGUAAUUUGCUUGAAAAGCUCAAUUCCUCUGAAAAGAAGAGGGAAGACCCCAGUGGAGAAUUGGAGGGAAAGGCCAUUUUCUAUGAAUCAAAGCUGACAGAAAAACAAGACCAUGGCAGAGAGGUGGAAGAAGGGGUAGAAUGCACCACUUCAGUCAUAGGAAACGGGCUGCACCCCUCUACAGCUGGAGAAAUGGAUCAGUCCAAUCCUGCAGAGCAGCAGGGAGAAGAUUUAGGUCCAGCACAGGAAAAGGAAGCAAAGGGUGAGGAAGCCAAGAGUGAUAUAGAGGAGGCAGAGGAGGCGAUGGAAGAUGAGGGAGCAGAAGAUGAAGAGGAGGAGAAGCAGAUGGGAGAAGAUUCUUAUGUCUGUCUGAAAGCUCUCUCAGUGGAGACUCUGGUCAUCGGGGCAGAGUUGGUGGAACAACAGCUGCAGGCAGAGGAUUUAACUCCGGAGAGGCUACAUGCGGAGAGCCAGCAGUGCCGAAACACCGAGAGCUCUACAACCUGGCUACAUGAGGAGACACUCCCUCCUGAAGAGGCUCAUCCGAGGCGGCAGGAACAGCGUGCAGAGGAGGAAGAGGACUAUGAAUUUGACCAAGCUGACCUCUUCAGAGAAGCUCCGGCACUCGACUACAUGGCAAAACUCAUCACAGUUGAGGAGAUCACCCCUGCCUCUGGUCUUGUUUCCAUACUGAAAAAGCAGGAUGUUUAUGUGGACAAAGUUAGUUCAGUGCCUAAACCUGAAAAACCCACUGCCAAAAGACGUGUGCGCUUCAAAGUUCCUGAUGACAGCUACGACCCUGACGUUGGCAGUGGAGACUCCUGUCUGCUUCUCUUCCUUCUUUGUCUGGUUACUGUAGUGAUCAGUAUUGGUGGCACUGCCCUUUAUUGUGCAUUUGGUGAUGCCCAGUCCUCAGUCUGCCAGGACUUCUCUAAAAACGCAGACUUCUACAUGGACCAGAUACAUCGUGGGAUCUCUCAGCUCCAACACUGGUUUGCUCCUGGCUCAUAGCAGAAAACCAUUGUCAUCAUUUUGGAGCCACUGACGGGUAGAUUCCUUUGGUUCCUACAACAUCCUGAAUAUAGAGGCAAUGUUAUCACAUGGACACCUAAAAGCCUGAUGCCAUUCAUAGGAAUCGGCUGUUAAUGGCUGAACUUCUAGUUCAGAUGCAUUUAGCACUUUAAGCUUUAUGCACUGAAAUGUUAACGCCCUGUAAAUACAAUUUCAGGGUACUUUUGAAGUUGUAAAACUGAUGUUCCAUAAUAACAGUAGUUGGAAGGAAAUUCAGCUCACACAGAGUGAAAGAGUAAGACAUAAUUUAAUGUUACUAUAAUAAAGGAUCUGACAUUGAUCUCUUUAGUUCUCCAGAGUCCAGACCCCUGUAAAGGUGGAAAAAGACUUGAGCAGAAUGGAUCAAUUUCUAAAGUGAUUGAAGAGUACAUGUUGCUGAAAGAGGCUUAAGUUUUAAACUUAAGGGCUAAUAACUCGGCCAUGCCAGACAGUUAGGGUUAGGGUGAAAACAAAAUAAUAGCAGCAGGAAAACAUGAAAAUGUAAACAAAAUACUACGAUGUAUAGUUUAACCACUGUUAACGGUAAGAAGCUCCAAGUGGUUUUUUUUAACUGUUGCAACAUCUGGUGUUGCUUUUAUUGUAAUUUUUUUAAAUGACUACAAAAAUUUACAGGGGGGUGGGGGCAUGUGGAGCAUAAUGCAUUAAAUAUGUGUUGGACAUCUUCCAUUUUAAAUUUGCGCAGACUGUCUAUUAUGUCCUUGAGCCGCGAUGCUGACUUACUCUCAUGUAUCAAUUAUGCUCGGUCACUACCUCACCUGGCAACUCAAGAGUUGUAACAACAGUGGGUUGAUUUCGAUCCCCCAUGUUGCCUUGGUACUUACAUAAAUCAUGCAGAGAUGGAAAGAAGUUGACUCAGGCCUGUUUUGAAAAUGAUUUGU